AUGUUGGAGCAGAUUCGCUCACUACAACCCACGGUGCAUAAGGCCGUUAAUCCUUACCCAAGCUUGCCCAUAGAUUCGGAGCAUGCAUCAAUGACAGUAAAUCAGGGGGCUAUUAGAUCUGUAUAUUUAAUUACGUCUUAUUUUGGGAUUGAAGAACCAAGUAAUGCAAUCUAUGGAGUGAAAUUCAAACAUGGAGGAGGAGUCACUCAUGAACCCCCAGUAAUUGGACUUGUUGACAGGUUCUAUGAGGGUGAGGAGUAUGAAAUUAUUCGCAUGGAGGCUGCACAUAUUUUCAACCGCUCCAAAUUAUACAUCCUUGCACAAAGCGGUGGAUAUAUUAUUGACACGAAGACUAUGUCAAGAUGUUCAUCUUUUCCUCUUCCCCGAGCCUAUAAAUCAAUACAGAAUGUUGUAUCUGCGUAUGACAAGCUGUAUUGUCUUGCAAUCCGAUCAUCCUUCAACUCUAUUACUGACCCCUCAUUAGAGAGAUAUGAUCCUGAUAAGAACGUCUGGGAGGAACUGCCUUCUUAUCAAUUUUAUAAUCCUACGUUUAUAACUGGUUAUACCGUUUGUUAUGGCAUUAUUUUGUUUUCAUUGUGUGGCGGGGAAAAAGAGAAUUGUCAUGUCCUUGCUUUUCACAUUAGUAGAAAUCAAUGGAAGCAGGUGGAAGUUGACACUUCUGUUGAUUAUGCUCCUUUCCAAAGGAGGGCUGUGGUUGUAGGCAAGACUAUAUAUUCCUUACGAAUGAAUGAGUUUAUAGCAUUCUCCUUUAGGAUGGACACGGUAGUAUUGUAUAUUCCUUAA